ACAGACACACACACACACACACGCAGAGUUUCUCUCUCUCUCUCUCUCUUUCUAGGGCGUCUCUCAUGAGCGUAACUUCCUUGCCAAAAGUGACAGUAACGGAGACGUCAGGUUGUGGUAGUUGAUAUGGUCGGAAGCCUUCCCAAGCAAAAUAAGUCAAGACACACGAAAAAAAGGCCUUACUUUAAGCCUAAAAUGUGAGAAAGUGACGGGACACGUCUGUGUUUUUCGUGUACACGGGCACUAGCCCAAGAGAAGAUGAACGCGCAGGCGCUCAGAAGGUCAGAAUAUGCCUCCAUAAAGCAGGGAGCUUUUGUAAAGAUAUAUUUUCUCCUUCUAAUUAUUCCUGUGCUCAUUUACAUCAUCUACUUUCUUUUCCAAAAACAAACGAUUAUACCACCUCCACGUCCUAAGUCCCCUGACUAUAAAAAUAAGACGACACCUGUCCUGGUCCUGCCAUGUGGUGUGCCAGUGCGAAAUGAUCCAAUUAUUAAAGUGAACAAUCAUAAAUCAUAUAUGGUCGGCUCCUAUAUAGAGCACCGCCAUGGAGCGAAAAUGAUACAUACAAUCGCUAUAGUGCUUCGCAAUGAGGACGCACAGUAUCAAUGCUUGCUGUGCUGCAACGGAAAAAGUGAAUCUGUACCGGCUACAUGCAAAAUUCAUUCUGACCACUUUGGAUAUGAAUAUGGCACGGCUGAUAUUACCUGCAGGUUACCUGUAACAUGUACAAAACCGACACACGUGGCUAUCACUUCCCCACCAGUUAAAGAGGACGGACCUUCACACGACAUUUACACCUUCCAACAACCUGUUACGAAUCAAGAGAUUGUCAUGCCUGAAACAUUUCCUUAUGAGUUUGCAGUCUGCAUUUCUGUCAUGUAUGAAUAUAAAAAUGUCCUGGAGCUUGUGCAGGCCAUGGAGAUGUUCAAGAUACUCGGUGUCCAAAAGGUAGCUAUUUACAAAACUAGCUGUGAUUCGAAUGUACAGAAAGUCCUGGAUUACUACGUCAAGCAAAAUUUUGUAGAACUUAUCCCUUGGAAUUUAUCACCAUACAUCAAUGCUUCUAGAGGCUGGCUGAAGUCAGUUUCAUCAGGGCAGCUGCACUACUUUGGGCAGAUUUCGGCACUCAAUGACUGUGUGUAUCGAUACAUGUACCAGAGUCGCUAUGUAGCUCUGCAAGACUUGGAUGAACUUAUUCUGCCUAUGAAUGUAAAAACCUGGACAGAGCUCCUGCCUGAAUUGGAAAGGAAAUACAAUCAUAUAGGUGCCUUUGAAUUUGAGAAUAAUUAUUUUCCUCUUUCCAUCAAGGAUUCAAACCCUAGAUAUUCACCGGACUCCUGGAAUAAUGUCCCGGGAGUAAACAUUUUGGAACAUAUUGUAAAAAUGAGCAAUGAUCCAACUAAGUUUAAUAACUUUAAAGUCAUUAUUGACCCUCGCUUUGUGUAUCAGGUUACAGUCCAUGGCCUUUUGCAGUCUAUAAGUGGUAGUGUCAGAGUGGACUCUUCGAUUGCCCAUAUGUAUCACAUGAGAGAAAUUUCAAAUGAAAUUUUGGAUCAAAAGAAUCAAAUAUUAGACACACGUGUCAGGGACUAUGCGGACAGUCUGAUCCCAGCUGUUUCUAAAGUCCUUCAAGAAACACUGGGCAGUAACUGAAAUACAUAACUAAUCAUUGAUACACCAGAAAAUCUGUAAAGAUUUGCAAAAGAGCCAUAGAUAUGGUGUGGUAAGAGUAAAAAGGUAUUUUAUAUGAACAUUCCAUGAUACUGUCUAAAAAUGGCAACAAAAAAAAAUGCACUAUAAUAAAUUUAUCUUAAGGGAAGUUUAGCUAAAUGGUAUAAGACAUGAAACAGUUGUCCUUUAAGAUUGUUUUCCUUUUGUAAUUUCCGCUUUUCAUUCCGCUUUCGCACCCAUUUUUUUAAAAGAUACUUCCAGUGCAUAUAUCCAAAUUAAAUUUACACAUCUUCUUUUGACUUAACAUUUAUUCAUAAUGGAAAAAAUAUAAUUAAAUAUGAACUGCACACCAAUCAUCUCCAUGUCUACAUUACAUUCAAAACCUUUCUGCUAAACAAUAAAGUCAAAAUGUUAAAUUAUACAAAUUAUACAACAUUAUACAAAUAAGACCUAAUUCGGAUUAUACUAUACUAUGGUGAGUGGAAAAUGUUUAAUUUUAUGCCAAGAAUACAACGUUUUGUGUUUGGAAAAAAAAGAUUUUAUGUAUGAAGAAAGAACAUCAUGUGUAUAAAGAAGGACGAUUGAAAUGGUCGUGUGACCAAAUUUCGGAUUUAGAUUGAACAUGGUGCUCCAUUCCUAAAAACAUUUCUGGGGUAUUAUGCAUAAUUGAAGGAAAUGUUAAUGGAGUAAAGAACAGCCGAAAAAGCAACAGAAGGCCAAUACCCUAACUUGAAUUAUAUGGAAAAUGAUUGGAGGAAUUAUUUAAAUCAGAGUCAAUUCCACUCCACAUUAAGGCCAUUGUCUGGAAGUUAUGUGUCAAAAGACAUUAUACAGUAUGUGUAAAUUUUAAGUCAAUAUACUCACUGGGAUUUUAUUAUUUAAUUAGUAAAGCACUGGAUUUUUUUUUUCAGAAGAAGAUAUUUUGUAUGUAUUGUUACAAAUAAUAUGCAUAAUUUGUACAAUGGGCGUUCGAGUUAGACUGGGACUUUUGAUUGUGCAGAACAUCAGAACAUAGUUAUGAGAGAACAAAGUACAUUUAUUUUUUUAUAUAAUCCCCUGCUUAACUAAUUCAUUUAUCCCAGCACUUCACUAGUGGAUGGAUAACAUAAAGGUAAAAAGGUAUCCCAGUACAUUAAAGCCAUGAUCAGACUGCCUGCUUAUAUGUGUGCAUGCAUUUUGGUGUGCUUGCAAUUCUGUGUACAAGUGCAUCUCAGAAAAUAAGAAUAUUGUGGAUUUUUUUUUUUUUUUUUUGUAAUUUCAUUCAAAAAGUGAAACUCUCAUCCAUUCUAGGUUCAUUACACAUACAGUAAAAUAUAAAGCCUUUUUUCAUGUUUUGAUUUUGAUGAUCAAGGAUUACAUCUUAUGAAAGUCAAAAGACCAGCAUCUUAAAUAUUAGAUAUAUUGAAAAAGGUUUUUCUCUUCUAUGGGGUUCAGGUCAGGUGCAUUGCCUGGCAAGUAAUAUAUUGUCAGCAACCCAGUUAGUGAUAGUUUGGACACUGCGGGCAUUUCCUGAAGAUAUCUUGUUGCACUGACUCCAGCCUGUCUCUAAUCCUUGUGAAGUUAUUCCAAGUUUUUGAAUUGUCUUUAGCGAUGACCUUCUGUGGCUUACCGUCCUGGUGUCAUUACCGUCAUUAAUGAUUUGUUGGAC